GUGACCAUAGGUUGCGCACGCCUCACGCGAGAUAAGGUUACACUCUGCAGUCACUCCGUCCAACUUUACGUAACGUUAGAUCUUGUCAGUUGUCGCUACUAAAUACGUGAAAUCGUGUUUAUGUAGAGUCAAUGAGGUUAUAACCUCCUUGGUAGAAUUUAAGUUCAAGAAAUUUCGCGGGGAGUGUAGUGCACAGGUGAGAACAGGUGUUUUCACCCUACAUUUGUUCCGGUCACGUUACUCGAAAUGGCGGACUUCCUUCUCCUGGCUAAGGUGCUGCUGUAUACAGCUGUCGUGGUGGGCGGCCUGGCUGUGGCAGUGACAGUAGGGCUCACAGCCGGCAACUUUCAUGGAUGCUGCAUCCUGUACGCGCCCAUUGUGAAGGACACGGCCUCCCCAACGUACCAGUGGCUGAUCAAAUGCAGCUCAAACUCCAACUGCCACUUCCCGAUCGGGGUAGGCGUAGCUGCCGUCGUGUACGGAGUGAUCUACGGGGGAUACUGCGCCUACACACUCAUCAGUCGGAAUCGGAAUGGGAAGGACAUGGUGGUCCUGCCAUCGCUGCUGCUGAAUGGUGUUCUCAGCUUCCUGACGCUAGUGUGCGGCGCUAUGGUGUCGGUGGGCUACAACAACUUCUGCACACAAGUUCAGGACGUCAUCUUCUAUGGAGGCGUGUAUGGCACUUGCAGCUACUACCAGAACUCGUUUGGAUACCGGAAUGGUGACAACGACGGCCUGCCGUUCCACACCUUCAUGACGGCGGCGCAGAUCUCCCUGUGGGCGCUGUUCGGGGUGUGUGUGGUCCUCACGGGGCUCACCGCCCUGCGGAUGAGGCUAAACUCCCGGGAGGGCAGACCCACAACCCUUCCCAAGAUGCCAUGGAAGGGGGCGGGCAAUGAUGAGAUGACGUCACCGGUAAUCUAGCCCACCUUGGCCUAGUAGUCGAAAUUAUCCCCAGGCGAAAGUGGGAGAGUUCAAGCUGCCAGGACUCAUCCCUUUUUUGUGACCGAGAAUUUUACACCAGACUAGGGCACUAAUAAUUCGUAUAAUAUAAAAAGGUAUAUCAUAGAAAUUCUGUCCAUUGUAUAUGACAUUUUCACCAAAAGACCUGGCGCAAUACAUCUGUGCAUAUACAUGUAUGUAUAUGUUUUUCUAUGAUGGAGAGGCCAGCUUUGCAUGAGAUUGUCUUCUUUUACAAUUGUAAAUAAACAGUAUGACAUUCUUCCAAUGGCUUCAUGUAAGAUGGCUUUAACUAGCAACUUUCCAGAACAUUAUGCGCAUACGGCAUCCUAUGGAUGUCUGGUCAACAUUGCAUCAGGAAAACGUGUUUCCUAUAGUUUUUUUUUCUUUGAACACGCUUGAAUGGAACCUAUACAAUUAUCCAUAGGUGAACAAGACGUUUAAUGCCUAACACACUGCUGAUGACAUUAUAUUACGUUCCGGGAACGUGCUAAUGUAACACGUAUGCUUCUUCUUUCUUAUGACAUAUUUGUGUCGUAAAAGAGUGGGAAGCAGGAGCAUAAAGUUUCGUUGCACCAAUAUCAUAUUGAGGUCAGCAUAUAAAUAUUUUUUCCACAUCAUUGAAUUAAGAUUGUCUUAAAAUUUCCAAGCUGUUAAUAAAUGGUAUUUUGCAAAUUGUG